GUACACAAUACACCGGAGAACAGCAUGAACCUCCUCGAAAGACAGUGACAUAUUAAGUGAUUAGGUGAAUUGGUAUUGACAUCUUAGGAACUAAUCAAGCCCUUACAUCACAUCAUCUUCUAGAGGUGUGUAUUAAGUUUACAUUUUAGAACGACAUGAGAUGACAUAUCGAAAAACCUUCAAACCUUGGAGGUACUUCCAGAAUAUUGUAUAUGCCUGUACAGUUACUACAGUCGGAGUUCAAGGUGGAGCGUAACGAACGGUUCAAAAUUAAUCGCGAAAUGUCCUCGACAGAAGUGCUCGAGUAUCCAGGACGAGCACACUCCUCGGCAACCCGCUUCUUAAUUCUGUGGCAGGAAUGUUACUGGAGCAACAGAAGACAUAUCGGUUGUUGCUGUCUGCUAGCGAAGCCGACGCAAUCACAGCGUUCUUCACUACGCCAUGUCAUUGAGCUGCAGUGGUGCUUUCCCCACUGCAUAUCGAGAUUCAGACAAUUGGCAGGUUCGAAGGAGAGUAUCCUCAAAGCUGCUCAGUGGUAGCUAAUAACCUGGCCAUCCUGAGAGCCAGAGUCAAGAAUCUAAACUCUAAACAACUGCUGUGGCCUGGCUCGGCCCCUGUCUGCAUUCUGCAUCUAAGUCAUUCCGUGCACAUGCUUCAAUAACAUCUGCUCAAAAUAUAGCAUCGCACGCUUCGUUAGGUGGAUCCUGAAGAAUGAUAUUUAUUUUUUUGAUUUUUCCAAAUUCCAAAUCUGUAGGUUCCCUGGAUGUAAAAAUCUGAACAUACCUUGUCUCAUUCAGAAUCUACUGUUUUUGAUUCAGAAUCGGAGAUUCUUAAUAAAAAGUGAACCAGCAAGUCCAAGCCAGAGGAGAAACUCCUCUGUCAUUUUUAUUUGGCUUCAAACCCACCGAAGGUGGAGGACAGCCGAGGAAAAGGCUCGUUGAUCUUCAAAACUUAUAAAGACCUGCCUCAUAUAUAGGUUGGUUCCUUCUGCGUAAAUUCACUUCCAUGCCACAUCGUUCAUUCUACAUACUGUAAACACAAAGACAAAAGUGAGGAGGAGAAAGUUCACGUAAACAUACCAUUCAGUACCAAUUCCUAUAUAUAAAUCAGGUGACUACAAAGUAAUACAGUAAAAAGGUGGGAACACCCCCAUCAAAUUCUACGUCGAAUGGAUGCAAAUGAGUAUCAUGGGGCUAGACCCGAAGGUAUGUAUACAAGGUAUCAGUUGCAUAGCUCUAAAGGUGGUUGAAUUCUCCUUCUAUUGCUCUAUUCAUAUAUGGUGUAUGUAUUGGGUCCUUGAACAAUAUCCUACUACUUCAGCUGUUGGAGUUAGAUAUUAUGAAUGUUAGAUUCAACGGGAGCCGAGGUAUCAUUACCGCAAUGUCCGAAACCUUAUGAGGGGGACACCAAAUAGUUUUGCAAAGAAGAUAGGAAGACUCAUCAGGAAGAAUCCAGUGCGGUCGAAUCCAAAGGGAUAAGAUAGGGCUGAGGCCCAAUAUUGGGGCAAUGUGGUAACGCAUCUUAGCCAUAGGGAGGUUGCCAUCUGAGACCAUAAUCUCUUUGGUUGGAAUAGCGAGCAUUUCCAGAUUCUAAUUGCUUUUCUGUUUGGAUGUUCUUUACUUAAAGUAACGCGAUGCAAUAAAACCACACAGCGGAGACACUUUACAUUUUGGGUUGGAAAGCAUCAGAGGACAAGGCUCUUAGUGUUGUGAGGGACCAUGUCGUGACAUAUAUCGAAGCACCGACAGUGGACUGAUUCUUAGGUUUCAGAGCUAUCAGAAAGUGCAAAAUUUCGUGAAAGGAUCACGUCUUGAAUUUUAGUGAAGGCUAUGGACUUCAGUCGCAAUUUUUCUGUAGUCUCAGUGAGCGCGUAUUACCAGAGAAUUCCAUAAAAUUCGACUAAGAAGGCUGCAUAAGGCUACAAACAGCAAAUCAUAUCCAGCAACGACGUCUGCAAGCAGUAGAUAUUCGACAGCUCUUAUCACGCUAUAGAUAUGAGUUCUUGCUACCAGGAACUGUUACAUUCUUUACAAAGACACAUCCUUUGAUCUGAAACUGCAUUAGCAUGAAGCACCCUUACUUCCGUCAAUAUCUUUGAAGGGAGUAAUGGUGCUACAUGCUAGUUGACUGAGCAAAUUCUCGGUUAUAAGCCCAAAAUCUGUUAGGGAGGCCUGCCACAAGCUGUUUCGAAUGAUUGAUCAAAAUCUUAAUCAGUGUAAAAAGCAUGCACUCAUGAAUGAUUCAGCGCAAGGCUGAAUGAAAGGAUAGGAGACCGAGAGAGGGACCUAAUGUGGAACUUGAGUGCGAUUUUACUUCUAGAAUGCAAUCAAUAUACUUC